AUGGAAGAAUCAUCGAAAGCUACGAAUAUAGCUAUCGGCAAACCGACAGAACAGAGCUCCACUGAUUGGCAUGCCGAGUCAAGAAAAGCUGUGGACGGGGAUUCGGACGGCGAAUUUUGCCAUGGGUCAUGUACGCUUACAAAGAUCGAGUUCGACCCUUGGUGGAAAACAAACCUGCUCAAGUCGAGGAGUGUGUAUUCAAUAUCGCUGAAAAACAGAGAAGACUGUUGUUCUAUGCGAUUGGCUGGUGCCGAGAUUCGCGUUGGAAACAACGAGAUGUUCCACGAGAACCAACUUUGCGGCACCGUGACGUCAGAAAUGGUGAAUCAUGGAAGCGUCAUCGAUAUCCAGUGUAAUGACGACGGCGCGCCGAUAGAGGGCCAGUUUGUGAGCGUACAAGUCAAAAGUAAACGUGGCGCCCUCUCGCUGUGCGAAGUCGAAGUUUAUGCCGGUGAAGUGGACAGAGAGUUUGACGUAACGGGUCCACAUGUGACUGUGGGACCACCUAUCCAAGGUAUGAAUAAACUAAAAUAA